UGAGCGAUUUCCUCCUCCUCCUUGUUUUCACUUCCUGUUUUGUAAAGGGAGUCACUCAACAUAGAUUCGUUCAUUUCAGCUUUACAGAGGUGUCUUUUUUCCUUAGUUCUUCACCCAGGAGGUUAAUUAAACGCUGUAAUAUCUCACAUUUUAAUGGAGGGUGGAUUGAUGAGCUGUCCGCGGUCCUGAUGGAUUUUACCUAGAUGGUUUUGUUUUCCAGUCCGGUUCAUGGUUUCUGUCUCUUCUCUUUACUGGGAAUGAUUCUCAGUCCAGUUGAAAACUUUCCAGCCUUGGUUUAAGAACACAAGAGACAUGUCAGAGCUGUAGAGGAAGUGUGUGGUUUGUUUGCACCUCCUUCUUGUUUUGUUUGUGUGAACUUUUUACUUUCUCAUACGGAUCCGGUGGUGAACGUGUCCAUGGCCGAGCUGAACGUGGCGCUGUGCUGCUGCUGCCGAAAGGCUCUGCCUGUGGCCGGUAAAGCUCGGGACGGGGCUCGAUCACUCGGUCGCUGCCGGCUGGUGGACGUCGCAUCGGCAUCCAACUUUCACAGCUUCUCAUUGCGUCACUUCCACCUGGACCUGCGAGUGAACUUCGGCUUAAAGAGGAUCACCGGCUGGCAGGUUCUUGAGCUGGCGACGCUGCAGCCCGGUGUACAGACUCUGGUGCUGGACGCGCACCCGUCUUUACUGAUCCACUCUGUGGACUGUAAGGUCCCAGGCACGUCCGGAUCUCCUGAUAUCAUCUUCUCUCUCUCUUACAACCUCGAGUCAUUCACAGACUACGGGUCCUCGCUCCGUAUCGCACUCCCCGUGUCCGCCAUCCGACCACACCGACCUUUCAGGGUCACCAUCCGCUACACCACUACUGAUGGACCUGCGAUCUGGUGGUUGGACACAGAGCUAACGUGUGGUCAGACUCGGCCGUUGGUCUUCACUCAGGGUCACUCCGUGUGCAAUCGUUCCUUUUUCCCUUGCUUCGACACUCCAGCUGUUAAAAGCACCUACUCCGCUACCAUCAGGGUUCCAGAUGGAGUGACUGUGCUAAUGAGUGCCUCUAGGAGUGUGUACUCUAAGCAGGACCGGCUGUUCCAGUUCUCUAUGGAGUACCCUGUUCCUGCCUAUUUAGUGGCCCUGGUGGCUGGAGAUCUACAGCACGCAGACAUCGGGCCCAGGAGCCGUGUGUGGGCUGAGCCCUGUCUCCUGACCUCCGCUGUUAGUAAACUGGGAAGCAGUGUGGAGCGCUGCCUCGACGUGGCUGAGCAGCUCUUUGGCCCUUAUGUUUGGGGCAGGUACGACAUUGUAUUCCUCCCUCCUUCAUUCCCUAUUGUGGCUAUGGAGAACCCGUGUCUCACCUUCAUCAUAUCCUCCAUUCUGGAGAGUCAGGAGUUCCUGCUGAUUGACGUCAUUCAUGAGAUCGCUCACGGCUGGUUUGGAAACGCCGUCACCAACGCCACCUGGGAGGAGAUGUGGCUCAGUGAGGGACUAGCUACGUAUGCACAGAGACGCAUCACUACAGAGGUUUAUGGCGAAGCCCUCACCUGUCUGGAGACGGUCUUUCGUUUGGACGCGCUGCACAGACAAAUGCGUCUUCUUGGAGACAACAAUCCAGUCAGCAAGCUACAAGCCAAGUUUGAGCCAGGGGUUAACCCCAGCAGUCUGAUGAACCUGUUCACAUAUGAGAAAGGCUUUUGCUUUGUCUCGUACCUCUCCCAGCUGUCCGGCGACAUCAAACGGUUCGACACUUUCCUCAAGGCCUACAUCGAGCAGUUCAGGUUCAGCAGUGUCGUUGCUCAGGACCUGCUAGAUUUCUUCCUGGGAUUUUUUCCUGAGUUGAAGGAAAGCUGUGUAGCACAACGAGAGGGACUGGAGUUUGAGCGCUGGUUGAACGAGUGCGGCCCUCCUCUGUGUGAACCGGAUCUUUCUGCUGGCGUCGCGCUGACCGGGCCUGUCCAGCACCUCUGUGAGCUCUGGAGCAUGGAGUCACCUGACCACCAAGCUAUUGCAAGCUUCGACCUCUCCACCUGGAGCACCUUCCAGACUGUUCUCUUCCUGGACCGAUUGCUGGACCGUUCACCUCUAUCACAAGAGGUGAUGAGUGUCCUGUCGAGCUGCUACUCGGUUCUGCUGGACGGCAUGAACGCCGAGGUCCAGAUUCGCUGGCUGCAGGUUGUAGUAAGGAACAGCUUUUAUCCUGACCUGCAUCGCGUUCGCAGUUUCCUGCACAAACAUACCUCGCGCAUGUACACAGUGCCUCUGUAUGAAGACCUGUGCGGAGGAGUCCUGAAGUGUUUCGCUGUCGAGGUGUUUUACCAAACACAGGAUCGCUUACACCCCAACCUGCGCAAGGCGCUGCAGCAGAUUCUAUUCCAAACCAGUGCAGCAAGCACCUCUAGCACCCCGGCCCUGGUCGACCAGACCCAGUCCACUCCAUCGCCACCCCCAGACCCACCCACUAACGGGACCAUGGCCCUGCUAGAUGUCAACGUGUCGGCGUGACCUUUUAGAGAGCUGCAGGGUCACAGAGUAAGUGAACUGAGAAGCAAGCGGAGAUUCCCAUCACCGGAGGCCAACCCCCUGUGCGUGUGUGUGUGUGUGUGUACGUAUGUGUGUGGGUGUGUGUGUGCGUGCGCACUCUCUCCAACACUGGGAUUUUUACAUGCACCUUCAAUAUUCAUAUUCAAGCUGCUAUUCAUAUUCAAGUGGAGGACAUACAACAUGGACUGUGUUUAAAGAUGGUUAUAUUUUGUGUGAGUGUGAGAGAGAGAAAGAAAGAGAAAGUAUUUUGGUGUGUGUGUGUCUGUCUGUGUGUGUCUGUCUGUGUGUCUGUGUGUGUGUGUGUCUGUCUGUGUGUCUGUCUGUGUGUCUGUCUGUGUGUCUGUCUGUGUGUCUGUCUGUGAGUGUGUCUGUGCGUGUGUCUGUGCGUGUGUCUGUGCGUGUGUCUGUGCGUGUGUCUGUGCGUGUGUCUGUGCGUGUGUCUGUGCGUGUGUCUGUGCGUGUGUCUGUGCGUGUGUCUGUGCGUGUGUCUGUGCGUGUGUCUGUGCGUGUGUCUGUGCGUGUGUCUGUGCGUGUGUCUGUGCGUGUGUCUGUGCGUGUGUCUGUGGCGUGUGUCUGUGGCGUGUGUGUGUGUGUGUGGUGUGUGUGUGUGUAUUUGCACCUUGAAAACCUCAGAUCACACGAUGUGACUUGUAAUGAACUCCGUAUCAGAGACUGGAACUAAAAGCCAGCUAAUGACCUGUAAAAGCUGCUCAAAGUUUAAUGAUAGACUUUUGGCCAAAAACAGAAGGUACACACAAUUUUCCUUUUAAUGCAGAUUAACGACGAUCAGUCGAGGCGUGUCCGGAGCGGCUUCUUCUUCUUUCAGCUGGAGCUCUACAUAGAGCAGUUUCAGCUCAUGGCCUCUAGUUUAGUGUUGUUUAUACAUUUACAUUCCUAAAUCAGACACCAGCGCAGCGAGCGGUUGACAGAAUCCUCCACCCUGAAGCACAUUAAAUACGUUCCUGUUGAAAUAUUAAUGAUUCUUUUGCUAUUUUGUCAGUAGGUGGGGUACGAGAAGGUAGUGCUUUUCUGCUGCAGUGUCAUCACAGCUCCAAUAUCAGUGGAUAGUCAAACAGCGUUAUCGGUAAUGGGGGAAAACCGUUAAGGAAAAAUAGAACGGCCUAGAAAAUAAAAACUAAACAAAAAAAGAAAUAAAAAUAAAAAAAUCUAAUCCGAAUUUCAAUAUUAAUCCAAGAUAAUCUGAGAUGUGAAUUAUAAAGAUUAAUGUCAUUCCCCCCCCCCAUCUCUCAAACCGACUCUAGCGAAAGCUCUGAUCUGAAGUUAAUGCAAAUUGUGCAUGAGAAGAGAUUCAGAUGAUCAUGUAGCUUUGAUAUAUAUUGCAUAUUUAUUUGUUUUUUUUUAUAUAUAAAUUAAGAUUAAUAAUAAUUACGGUAUUUUAUCAAACUGUGUACAAAAAAUUCGACUAAAUCAGAUGAUUCGUGUCGAAGUAAACGUGUGAUCUUUUAGACUACAGGCACCGUAAGCCGAUGACUGAUGUUUGCGUUGAGUUGAAAUGGCGUCGUAUUCAUUUUUGCCCAAACGAUCACUUUUAAACCGAAGCCUCACACGAAAGUAUGUUCUGUUCAGACGUAUUCCAGAGGAGUCCUGAAUGAGUCUGACUUCCUCAUGAGGAUAACGGCAUAAAUGCACAUUGGAUAAACAAAAAAACUCUUUUUUUUUUUUGUUAUCUUUCUUGAAUGGUUUAUUUGAUUAUCCAAUCCUGGAGUCUUUUUCUUCUCCUCUUACCUCGAGUGGACUCUCAGGUGCGUCAGUGCUGAAGUGGCGGAAACACGUCGGUGCCUUUGAACGAAAGCUUUCAACACUCUUAAAUAUGGCUGCCCAAACUGACGAGCAUCUUCCUUUACACUCUAAGCCAUAUUUGGGACAUUUCUGAUGUCAGUGUUGGAGAGAAAUCUCCUGCAGGUUCCCUGUAUAUCAUGCACACCUUUAGCAUUCUGUUUUUUUUUUUUUUGUUUGUUUGUUUUUUCCUUUUUUUUUUUUGUUUGUUUGUUUGUUUGUUUGGUUAGAAAUAGCUAAAGUGUGUUCGUUAAAUGAGAUCGGGUUAUUAGUUUGCCACUUUUUUGUUUUUUUCAGCCUCGUUUUAAACAUACGUUACAGAUUUCCAUGUCAACACUUUUUUCCUCGACUCCAUUUUGUUAUUUGUUGUUUUUUGACCUUGAAUGCCUUUAAUAUUGGACGAAAUGCAACACAAUAAAUGCAAAAAGAGGUUUUAAGCUGUUGGGCCAGUGGGUUGGUUGUGAGCAUGUGUGUGUGGAUCAACAUCAAACACAAGCGGCCUUAAUAAACAAAGCCAAAACUGGUUUGGUUUCUGUUUUAAAGAAAAUAAAUGUCAUGAAAAUAAAGUGGUGUGUUUUUUUGUUA